CGGAGGCGUAAGAAGCAGCCGAGCCGCGGCCCUCAGGUCCGAGAGCCCGGGGCAGGCGCCUGCUCAUUCCUCCCUCAGCCCGGGGGCGGCGGCGGCCCCGGGCGCGCGGGAGCAGCCGCGCCUCAGGCGGGCAGAGGUGUCCUGGUUGAGGAGUCUCCAGCAGCAGUCCAUAUGACCCCACAGGACAGCAGCCUCGUCGUCAUUCAGUUUCUGAAAGAGCUUCUCCCAGCAUCUCCUUCACACUCCUCACCACCACCGCUCCUGCAAAAGAGAUAACAGAUUGAUUUACAGGAGCCUAAGUGUUGCCUCUGAGCCAUCCCAAGAGCGCCUUCCAUGUUUCAGGGAAUCCCGGAAUGGAUUUUAAACAUGCCUUGUGGGCACUCGGCUGCGGCCACAGCGCAGACCAGACUUCACUCGCUCGCAGCUCGCUCCACGCCCUCUGCAACAAUGUCUGACAAGCCCGAUAUGGCUGAGAUUGAGAAGUUUGAUAAGUCGAAAUUGAAGAAAACGGAAACGCAAGAGAAAAAUCCACUGCCUUUGAAAGAAACAAUUGAACAGGAGAAGCAAGCAGGCGAGUCGUAAUGAAGCAUGCGCCGCCACUAUUCACUGUACAUUCCACAAGCAUUGCCUUCUUGUUUUACUUCUUUUAGCUGUUUAACUUUGUAAGAUGCAAAGAGGUUGGAUUGAGUUUAAAUGACUGCGCUACCCCUUUUCACAUCAAAGAAUGGAGAACUACUGACAACAUAGCCCGCGCCUGCCUCUCCCAUCUGCCUAUGUGGCUGGCAGGGAAGGAAAAGUACUUGCAUGUUGGUGAAGGAGGAAGCUGGGUGGGACGAUAGUGAAAUCUAGAGUAAAAAGCUGGUCCAAGGUGUUCUGCGGGCUGUAAAAUGCAGUUUAAUCAGAGUGCCAUUUUUUGUUGUUGUUGUUCAAAUAAUUUUAAUUAUUAGAAGGCACAAUUUUUUAAAUAUGCAAAUAAAAAGUUUUAAAACCUGAAAAAAAAA